AUGGGACAUAAAGUGGUCGUGUUUGACAUUUCUGUCAUCAGAAGCUUGUGGGAAACUCGUGUCAAGAAGCACAAAGCUUGGCAGAAGAAGGAGGCAGAACGGCUGGAGCAAAGUGCGUUGGAGAAGAUAAAGGAGGAGUGGAAUUUUGUGGCCGAGUGCAGGAGGAAAGGCAUCCCCCAAGCUGCCUACAGCAAGAAUGGCAUCACCGACACCAACGUGAGACUCCUGGAAAAGAUUGAAAAGAAUUCUCUCAUGAGGCAGAGCACACUUUCCAAGGAGAGAGACAAAAGGCGCAGCAAGUUUGUGUUUGAACUUUCGGGCGAGCAGUGGAAGGAGCUCCCAGAUUCCCUGAGAGAGCAAACACACCUCAAAGAGUGGCAUAUCAACAAUACCCUGAUUCAAAUCAUUCCUACAUACAUCGAGCUGUUUCAGGCGAUGAGAAUUCUGGAUCUGCAAAAAAACAAAAUCUCCCAUCUUCCAGCUGAAAUUGGUCGUUUGAAGAAUCUGAGAGAGCUCAAUGUGAGUUUCAACCACCUGCAGAGCAUUCCUCCAGAACUGGGAGAUUGUGAAAAUCUAGAGAAACUGGAUUGUUCUGGAAAUCUAGAAUUAACUGAACUCCCUUUUGAAUUAAGUAAUUUGAAGCAAGUUACAUUCGUAGAUAUCUCAGCAAACCAGUUUUCCAGCGUCCCGAUCUGUGUCCUGCGGAUGUCUAGUUUGCAGUGGUUGGAUAUCAGCAACAAUAACCUGACUGACCUGCCACAAGACAUAGACAGGCUGGAAGAGUUGCAGACCUUUCUCUUGUAUAAGAACAAGCUGACCUAUCUCCCUCAUGCUUUGCUUAACCUAAAGAAGCUCACUUUGCUGGUGGUCAGUGGGGACCACUUGGUGGAGCUCCCGACCACUCUCUGUGACUCAUCCACACCUUUAAAAUUUGUAAGCCUCAUGGAUAAUCCUAUUGAUAAUAAUCAGUGUCAAGAAGAUGACAAAAUGGUGGAAAGUGAACAAGAUCGCCAACAUUUUGAUAAAGAAUUUAUGAAAGCCUAUAUUGAAGAUCUUAAAGAAAGAGGAGGACUUAGCAGUGGCCGGAAUACUGUGGCCCAGCAGGAGUGA